AUGUCCAAGGGACAGUGGCCGGGUCCGCUACCCUCCCUCCCCUCUCACCCGUCUUCCUCACACUUCCACCACUUCCGCCACUUCCGCCACUUCCGCCACUUCCGCCACUUCCGCCACUUCCACCACUUCCUCCACUUCCGCCACUUCCGCUACUUCCACCACUUACACCUCUUCCGCCACUUCCAGCACUUCCGUCACUUCCACCACUUCCGCCGCUUCCACCACUUCCACCACUUCCGCCACUUCCACCACUUCCACCACUUCCGCCACUUCCGCCACUUCCGCCACUUCCACCACUUCCGCCACUUCCGCUACUUCCACCACUUACACCUCUUCCGCCACUUCCAGCACUUCCGUCACUUCCACCACUUCCGCCGCUUCCACCACUUCCACCACUUCCGCCACUUCCGCCACUUCCACCACUUCCGCCACUUACACCACUUCCACCACUUACACCACUUCCGCCACGUCCGCCACUUCACCCACUUCCACCACUUCCGCCACUUCCACCACUUCCGCCACUUCCACCACUUCCACCACUUCCACCACUUCCGCCACUUCCACCACUUCCACCACUUACACCACUUCCGCCACGUCCGCCACUUCACCCACUUCCACCACUUCCGCCACUUCCACCACUUCCGCCACUUCCACCACUUCCACCACUUCCGCCACUUCCACCACUUCCACCACUUACACCACUUCCGCCACGUCCGCCACUUCACCCACUUCCACCACUUCCGCCACUUCCACCACUUCCGCCACUUCCACCACUUCCACCACUUCCGCCACUUCCACCACUUCCACCACUUACAACACUUCCACCAUAUCCGCCACAUCCUUCACUUCCGCCACUUCCACCACUUCCACCACUUCCGCCACUUCCGCCACUUCCACCACUUACAACACUUCCACCAUAUCAGCCACAUCCUUCACUUCCGCCACUUCCACCACUUCCGCCACUUCCACCUCUUCCGCCACUUUCACCACAUCCAAGACUUCCACCACUUCAGUCACUUCCGCCACUUCCACCACUUCCACCACUUCCGCCACUUCCACCACCUUCGUCACUUCCACCACUUCCUCAACUUCCACCACUUCCGCCACUUCCAGCACUUCUACCAUUUCCACCAUUUCCAUCCACCACUUCCCACUUCUACCAUUUCCACCACUUCCACCACUUCCGUCACUUCCGCCACUUCCGCCACUUCCACCACUUCUGUCACUUCCACCACUUCCCCCACUUACGUCACUUCCACCACUUCCGCCACUUCCGCCACUUCCACCAAUUCAACCACUUCCGCCACUUCCGCCACUUCUGCCAUUUCCACCACUUCCACCACUUCCGUCACUUCCGCCACUUCCACCACUUCCCCCACUUACGUCACUUCCGCCACUUCCACCACUUUGGCCACUUCCACCACUUCCACCACUUCUGCCACUUACAACACUUCCGCCACUUCCAACACUUCCGCCACUUCCGCCACUUCCACCAAUUCAACCACUUCCGCCACUUCCGCCACUUCCACCAAUUCAACCACUUCCGCCACUUCCGCCACUUCCACCACUUUCGCCACUUCCACCACCUUAGUCACUUCCACCACUUCCACCACUUUGGCCACUUCCACCACUUCCGCCACUUCCGCCACUUCCUACAAUUACGCCACUUCCGCCACUUCCACCAAUUCAACCACUUCCGCCACUUCCAACACUUCCACUACUUCCGCCAUUUCCAACACUUCCACCAAUUCCACUACUUCCGUUAAUUUCCACACUUCCGCCACUUCCGCCACUUCCGCCACUUCCACCACUUCCGCCACUUCCACCACUUCCGCCACUUCCACCACUUCCGCCACUUCCACCACUUCCGCCACUUUCACCACUUCCGCCACUUCUAUCACUUCCGCCACAUCCGCUACUUCCGCCACUUCCACCGCUUCCGCCACUUCCGCCACUUCCACCACUUCCGCCACUUCCACCACUUCCACCACUUCCGCCACUUCCACCACUUCCGCCACUUCCACCACCUUCGUCACUUCCACCACUUCCGUCACUUCCACCACUUUGCCACAUCCACCACUUCCCCCACUUCUGUAA